CAAAUAGGAAGUCAAGGAGAAAAAUCAAAGACGGAUUCUUGCUCCAAUUCAACCUCUCUAUCCUUCUCCUCUUUCCUACAUAUACACCCAGCUCAUCACCACUCAUCAACUGUCACCAUAUCCUUUCCUUUCCAUCACAUUCACAACCAAAUUGACACCACACAAAUACAAUUACUAACAGAAGAAGCGCAUCAUGGUUUCCGCAUCCAUUCCUCUCUCAACCCCUUUCCUUUGCCCCAAAUCCGCCACUUGUCCUCCUCCGCCGCCGCUGUACGUCAGAUUCCGGCCAUCACCUCGCGUCUCCGCCGUAUCCACCACCGCCGAAAGGCCGACGGCGACGGCGGCGGCGGCCAGUAGGCCCCACGUCUCGCACUACGGCAUUGCCACAUCAGUAGCAUCGCUAUACGAUGUCCUGGGGAUUCAGAUGGACGCGUCUUGUCAAGAGAUCAAGACUGCGUACCGUAGAUUGGCUAGAGUCUUGCAUCCGGACGUCUCAUCCAACGGUCAAAAAGACACGUCCGCAGAUGAGUUCAUCAGGAUCCACACAGCUUAUUCCACCUUGUCUGAUCCCCAAAAACGCGCCGAUUACGAUCGGUCUCUCUUCCGGCUGCGAUCGCCGUCGGCUUCGGGGUUUUCCGGCUACACGCGACGCACGUGGGAGACGGACCAAUGUUGGUAGUGGUAGCUACUUACAAAGCUGCAAGAGUGACUAUAUCUAGUUAUAACUACUAUUAAUAUAUAUAUAUAUAUAGGUAGAGUAUAGGAUGUGGACAGAAAUGGUUCGAAUUCUAUUCUAUCCAUGUGUUAACUGACUAUUUGUAAGAUAAAAUGUUAUCAGACACAGUUUUUUGAAGUCUGAUACAUCACCCCAGUGUAGAAAUUGUUUUUUUUAGUUAUUAUUUAUGCUAGUAUUUCACAACUGAUACUCACCCUGAGUUAUAUGUUCCCCUUCAUAUUUUACAAUUAAUAAUUCAUUAUUAUUAUU